AUGUCGCAACCGCGAGUUGAAAGGCCUCGUCCUGUAUCAAGGACGGCGUCACGGCCACGUCCACACUCCCGCCUGGAUGAUGAGCCACGCCCACGCCCACGUCCGCGUCGAGUGCGGAGGAUCGACAGUGAGGAUGAAGAGGAGGUAGAGCGUGUGCGUCCUCGCCGCCGUCCUGCUACGCGACGCCCCACAUCUCGUGCCGAGCACGAUUACAAUCACACACGCUCGCAGCAGUUUGCGAAGCGCACAUCGUACGCAGAAGGUGGCGCGCCAAGGGAUCGAGCAGAGCGUCGGCGUAGCACAGCGACGCCGACUAGGCACAGACAAUCAGCAAGCCAUGUUGGCCAUGGCUCGCGUAGUGCUGGUCAUUCUGGUCAUGCUACGCCUAACCCCUCUCGGCCCCAUACGCCUCCAGCACGACAUGACGAGCGGCUGGGAAAGCCCUAUACGACGCCCACACGAAGUCGCUCACGCGCUGCAGGUGCAGGCGCAGUGGGUGGGGCGGCUGCUAUGGGUGGUAUGGUCUCUGAUUCUGAAGAAGACUCGCCACCUCGAACGCGUCGUAGUCAGCCUCGUCGUGUACCUACUCGCAAAUCAUCGCGCCGACGCCCUCGUGGAGCAAUUGUCUCUUCGAAACGCACGAUUCCUCUGCUGGAAGGUAGUGGCCAGGUCGUUUCGGAUGCGCGGUCGAUCAAGACAUCCUCGAGCAGCGUCUUCUAUGAUGCGGAAGACCAGGACGCGGUCGAAGCCGCGCACGAAAAGCCACGUACCAAUCGGGAUCGAAAGCUGGCUGCUGUGCCGCAUCAUCAGAUGAACACGAUGAAACAAGGUCGCGUGUUUGCUAUGAAUGGCAUUGAUAAUGUGACAUUGUUGAUGGAGGAUGAUUCGUACCACUUGGCGUGUUUUUCCAUGUACCUGUUUAAAACGACACUGGAUUACAAGACUGUGCGAGAGUUUUUCGAAGUGCUUGUCCAGCUCUACCCCAAGUACCGCUACGUCGUGGACUUCCAGCCGUAUACGGCGCGCCGCCGUGACCGUUUGCGUCGCAAGCAGAGGGAAGAUGUGGCAGAGCAGGCCCGGAAGGAGCGGAACGAGAAGAUGAAGCGUGGUGAGCUUCCGCCGAACCAUGGCCCACGCACACUGUACUCACGUUCGCUCAAAUCUGGAUCAUGGCUUCGCCCAGCGCAGUGGCGCAUUGAUGAAGAUUUCCACGUCUCUGAAAACAUCGAAGUCAUCUCUUGUGGUGGAACAGGCACAGAGGACCAAGUGUACAAAAUUGCGGGCCGUUUCCUCGCCCGACACUUUGACUAUAACAAGCCUGUAUGGGAAGCGCUUCUCAUUCAAGGUCUGAACACGAGUGAGGGUGCGAAAAGUGCAUUGAUGAUCAAGAUUCACCACUGCUUCUCUGAUGGUCAGGGUAUGAUUCAGUCGUACCAUGCUGCAUUGAUGGCCAUGUCGAAAGAUAUGGGUAUUAAGGAGGUACAACAAUGGGUGGAUGUCGCAAAAAAGAAGAACAAGGCAAACAAGAAAAAAGAGAUCAAGCCGACGAUUGGCGGUACCGUCUCGCAUUCGUUCUACACAAUGCGGGAGCUGUACUUCCGCAAGCGUAAGUCGUUUGUGUACCGGAACCCGAAGCAAGCACGCGCAUCCCAGCGUUUGUACUACCAUUCAGACGGUAUCCCUAUGGCCGGCAUUAAGAGAAUCCGGGAGACUUUCUCCACGCCCAAUAUGCACUUGACACUGAACGAUGUGGCUGUAGCGAUCUUGGCACGAGCGAUGGCUUUGGCAGCCAACCGACUAUCGCCUCGUGGAUCUAAAGACGAUCGCCGCGCUGCCAUCUUUGUCCCGGUAUCCAUUCGUCCCGAAGGCAAUUGGGAUCUGUACAACUACACCACUGGAGCGAUGGUAUGGCUCAAGUACCCUGAUUUGGAUGCGACACCGGUCAGUGCACAGCUCGCGCACGUGCACAAAGAAAUGCUGCGGAUCAAGAAAUCGUAUCUGCCCAGCCUAUGGUACCACACAUUCAACGAGAUCUGUAAGCACCGUGGCAUGUAUGUGCCCAACUACCCGAUUGCACGCAGUAUCUUUUACCGUGCUUUUAGCGAGUACCAUGUUGCGACGAAUGUGCCAGGUCCCACAGAGCCUGUGAUGUUUGGAAAGCAUCAAGCGUACAGCUACCACGUAUUACCGCCCAGCUCGCCCGGCAAAGCUACGAUGGCGAUCGGCAUGAUCAGUUAUGCCGCCAACUUCUCCCUUGCAGUGUCAUGCGAUGACGUCCCCGAAUUCAAAGACGUGCCCCGCGUGCUAUGUGAUGCCUUUAGCGAGUCGUCGAAGCUUCUGAUCGAGGCGGCAGAGAACCAUCUCGCUCAGGCUCCCUCCGAAAAAAACUAA